AUGGUUCAAACAGGACAUGAUGUUAGCGUAGCUUUUGCACUCAACAUUGCUGCUGGAGCUGCUACAAUUUUAGGUGGUAUGGUUGUCUUGAAUAAACGUCUUGUAUACUUGGCCAGUCCAGUAAGUCUAGCAGUUGCACUCAGUGUUUCGUCGGGUGUCAUGAUGUUCAUUUCGUUGGUCGAGAUUUUUGGUCAUGCCGUGCAAUUGCUCACGAAAGGCAUUCAAACCGAAGACAUAACGAAAGAGACGGCCACGGGUCAUGGUUGGCUUGCAGCUACAGGUUGUUUUGGUAUUGGGAUCCUGCUCAUCUAUGUCAUUGACAUGAUCGUCCACAAAAUCUCACCUGAACACGAAAUGACGGAACUUGAAAACCUGGAAAGUAUCCGUGAAUCAAUGCAAUACUUUGAAAGCACGAGCAGAAAAAACCAGGUAUCAGUACCUUGUAUGGAAGCUGCUACGUCUGUGCAGGUGGAGCCAAACCCUCAGUUUUUCAAAAUGGACGAGGACGCUAAGCGUGCAUUGCAACGCAUGGGUGUAUUGAGCGCCCUUGCUAUUGGUAUUCACAAUUUGCCGGAAGGUAUUGCCACGUAUGUCGGAGCGCUCCAGAACUCAUCGGUUGGGUUCUCUCUUGCCAUUGGUAUCGGCUUGCACAAUAUCCCCGAAGGGGUCGCUGUUGCUGCUCCCAUUUACUUUGCUACUGGUUCACGCCGGCGAGGAAUCAUGUGGUGCGCGAUUUCUGCUGCUGCUGAGCCACUCGGUGGAGUUAUUGCAUGGUUGGCCAUUGGUGAUGGCAUGGACCCACUCUCGGAGGGAAUCCUAUUUGGAAUCGUGUGUGGCAUUAUGGUCUGCAUCUGCGUGAAAGAGCUGAUCCCUACGGCGUACAAGUUUGCCAAGGAAAAGACCUAUGUUGUUGCUUAUGGCACAUUUGCUGGCAUGUUUAUUAUGGUGUCCAGCCUCACGCUUUUUGGCUACGCCGGUGUAUGA